AACAAUAGCCAGUGAGAGGGCUCACACUCACACACACUCUCUCUCACACGCACUUUACUCCAGCUCGCAGUGGGAGCGAGACAGAGAGGAUAGGCUGCCCGCUGCGCUCCGGAGCUCAUAACACACACAACGAGCAACAGACACACGCUGCUUUGUAACAAAGCUCAGGGCGACGUCUGUCUGGCUCGUUGGACGCUCCAGACGGAUAGCUGUGCUGAGGGGAGUCUGAGAAGAGGAAGCUGGGCACUGUGGGAUCUGAGCCAAUGACCUGUAGGAGGAGAGAAGCAGCAUAGAGAGUUGAUUAAAAUGGGGCUGCGGAUCUCUGUACCAGCUCACUGCACGUCUGAGGGCUGCUCGCUCUGCCCCGAGCCAUGCCAGACGUGAAGCCUCCCCCGCCAUGUGACUACCCCUCUACCUCCUCCGUCGCGGCCUCUGCCGGCUCCCCUGCUGGCUGCACCUCUCCGCUCGACCUCGUCAUGGACGUGGAGCCCUGCAUCACCAACCUCCCCUUAUCUCCUGACCCCCUGUCCUCCUUCCCCCGGCACAGAACCAGCGUCCCUCACUAUCCAGGCUUUCAUGGUCCACCUUUUCCCCUCAUGGCCCGGUGUAACAGCAGCACCUUGCUCACAAACUUGGGGCUCAGGUACUGUUCCGGCCGACAGGGCGCUCCGGGGAUGGAGCCAGGUCAGGGAGCAGCCUCGGGAACCUGCAUUCAUACUGGAAGCAAUGGCAGCAGGCCUUACAGGAGUAUGGAGAACUUAAACUGGAACACUCUGGCAGAUUCUGGUCUGUGCUCACUCAGCAGUGCUCCCUACAGGAGCGUGGACAGUGAGUUUAUCUUACGCUACACCUCCACUAGCCACUGGUAUGAUGGGUCUCCAGACAGCUCCCACGGACUGGUACCCAACCCAGAAAGCCUGGCGUUUUACCCUCGACCGGGGCUGCCCAGGAAGGACCUGCCACUUUUCCCUCAGUUGCUGUUUCCAAGUGGUGUGGAUGAAUGGGAUGCGAGGAAGGGCCUAAGAGAGAAACUCCGCCUUCAGAGUGCAAGGUCAGCUGUUGAGUCUCUGAAGCCCCUCCCACUGCGCCCUACGGUGUCCCCGUCCGCUGUACCCAUGGAACGGGAGAGUGUGCAUCAUGGGAAGUCAACAGGUCCUGUUUCCUGUACAAUGCGCAUCACCAGCCCAGAGGAGAUAAAACAGGAGGUCUUGAGGCGUUUACAGCUCCGUCGGCAGAAUAGUAGCCCCAACCUGGCUCUCCACAGCUCCCCAUCCACCCAGCAGGCAGUUAAGACAUCCUACACAACAGACAGUAUUUCAGGUAACAGAAGCGGAUCAGACUCUACAUUAGAGCCUCGAAGACCUCCUUUGGGACGCUUGCAUAUACCUACUUUUGAGGAGUUUAAGAGGAUGCGGCAGAUGGAGAGGAAGCAGAACCUUGAGUCCAGAGUGAAUGCUACACCAUCUGGAAAACCUGUGGCUGACCUGCAGCAGGAUCCAGGAGCAUCAGACGGUGCGAUAAUCCUUUCUGACCCUCAGUUGGGUUCUUGUGGAGAGCAGAGAGAAAAUCCCGAGGCCAUCGCCUCCUCCGAGAAACGUACAUUCAACACUGUGAACGCUAACGGCGCUGCAGCUCCCGCUCCCUCCUCCAUCUCUGACACCAGCAUGUACUCUCCCAUCCGCACGGGGCCCUCUCCACGUUCACCCCUGCCGCCCCAGGGUGGCUCGGCCCAGGAAAAGGCCAGCAACGUAGGAGGGGAUGAUGGGAGUGCCAAGCGUAGGAGGAGCAGUCUGGAACCUGCUGGGUCACUUCCCUUUCCGCCCAACAGGGAGAAGUGGGAACGACCCUCCAGCUGCUGCCCUGCUCUUCUGCUGGACGGGACCGAACUGUCUAGCUAUGGAGCCAAGAUCUAUAAGAUGAAGGAUGGUCUCAUUGGCUCUGCACUGGACCUGAUCAAGAAGAGGUUAGUGGAAGAGGCGUGGCAGGAGAGAGAGGAGUGCUGUCUGCAGUGCAGAGAUCUCCGCCGAGACCCCGUCAGGCUGUCAGGUGACCGGGACGGAGGCUGUGACAUCACCGCCCCUCGGCUGACUGUCAGCCCUCCGCCGUUGCCAUGGCAACGUCGGCAACGGCCUGCGGAGCCGAGGCUGGCGAAGAGGCACCUGCAGGAGAAGGAGGAAGAGAGGAAGCAGGAGAAUGCUACUACAAGCCGGGAUCAGAGCGAUAACCAAGAUUUGUUAUGUAAUGAUGUCAUGCCAGUGAAGAUGGUGACACUGUGCAUGCACGCUAGUCUGGGCUGCAGGCGCUCCAGCUCGGACGCAGCCUAUGAGCUGGCUGAGACGGUGAGAGCGCAGCGUGAGUGCCGCCUGCGACCCCACUACAGUGACCCCAUGCCGGCCGACGCCUCCAAGCGCAAGCAGCUGGAGAUGAAGAUCGCCGCCGCCGCUCGACUCCACGGCCACCGUCGAGACCGCGAUAGAGACAGAGACAGUGCACCCGCAGCAAUUCGUGGUCGCUCAGAGCCUCCCGGUGAGGAGCGCCAGGCAGUCUUGGGUGUGACUCGAACCGGACAACACCGCUGGAGCACCAUCAGCAGCCUGAGUGCAGACAGCGGAGUGGUGGGCCUCAGCGAUGAGCGUGACGAAGAGGACAACGAGCCUCGCCGUUACCGCAGAAGCCGGGGAGCCGACGUGGAACGGGUGGACAGCGGCAUCGGGCCGGGUCUGUCCCGCACCUGGAAGAGACCGUCGGCCUCUCUGAGAGCCUGGGAGGCCCAGAGACCGUGUCCGGACUGUGGACUGAGGGACGGGGCCUCGAAAGAACGGGGUGAGCGCAUGUGCGAACGUUGCUCCAAGCUGCGCAUUGAACGCAAGGAAGCCAUCCUGGAGUUUCUGAACACGGAGUCGAGCUACGGCGAGGACCUGCGCAUCAUCAAAGAGGAGUUUUACUGCCCCAUGCAGAGCGCCGGGCUGCUGACUGCUGAGCAGCUCACCGUGGUGUUCAGCAACGUUCAGGAGUUAAUAGAUGUCAAUGAACGCUUCACCGAACACCUGCAGGACAGCAUCGAUCAGGCCUUUGACCAGGGAGAUGAAGAUCUGCUGACAGUGUACAUAGGAGAGAUCUUUCUGGAGUUUGUCAACAUGCUGCCCGCCUUUCAGACCUACUGUCUGCAGCAGUCCACCUCAGUCAACAUGCUGAAUACACUGGAGAAAGAAAAAGAACUGCUAAGAAUCUUCCUGGAUGUUUCUCAGAAUGACAACACCGCCCUGCGUCGUAUGAACCUGCGCUCCUUCCUUAUGGCGCCCCUCCAGCGCGUGACCAAGUACCCGCUUUUGUUGAGCCGCAUCAUUAAGGUCACUCCCGAGUGCCACCCCGACUACGCGCGUCUCCGUGAGGCCAAGAGUCGGGUCGAGUCCCACCUGGAGCACAUCAACAUGAAGACCAAGCAGGAGGGCAACGGGGUCACCUGGUCCCUGCGCUCGUUCCGCCGCGACAGCCGCAAGAACCGGGAGGUCAUCAACAUCGAGAUGCGAGAGGUGUCGAUGAAGACGGUGGGGUGGGCGAGGGAAAACACGCGAUUUGUCAUGGAGGGGCCGCUCCAGCUGUCCCAGCCGGCGGACGGUCAGUGGGUGAAGAAGGGCAGCAAGGCUCUCAAGUUCCAGAACGUCCAGAGCCUGCUGAUGGUGAGGACGCAGCGGGCGGGUGAGGGACUGUGCGCCGACCCAGUGGCUCGGGGGGAUCAGGUGGAAAGCGGCGGAGAGAGCAUUCGGGACGGAGUGCUGGUUCUGAUCAAGGACAAGAGCAGCGGGAAGUUCACAGUGCUGAGAGAGCCCAUCCGACUGGGGAACUGCGUGGUGUCGACAGAUCCGGACUGCGAGGACACAUUCGAGGUGCUUGACAUCCGGCGGGAGUCUUUCGUUUUCCGCGCCUCGGACAAAUCUCGCACUCAGCAGUGGUUCCACCAGAUUAAGAGGUACGCUCGGGACUUGGGCACCUGGAGGAAAAGACGUAACGCUUUGCCCAACAUCAUGAUCAACACGAACCAAACGCGGUCCUGAGACUAACCACCACUCACCUUUGUUACACUGUAAAUAACCUCCUACUGCAAAAAUCAGCCGACGACAUGAAGCAUUUCCGAGUGACUCCGCUGUCAUAACUCAUUAGAAUUCAAUAACAAUAAAUAAAAAGGGAAGAGAAAAAAAAUCUCAGAGUCUCAUGAGGGCAAGAAAACAACGAAGCACUUUGUUUUUGUUACGAAGCUGUAAGUGCGCCAUACUGUCAUAAAAUAUAAUGUAUGUAGAUUUAAUUUGAAGCUGUUACAUUAACAAGAGCAAAGUCAGAUUCUUGGACGACCAAAUGAAAAACAAAGAAAAAAAAACACAACUUGGGUCGAUCUCGUCGGCCUUGAUUGUAAAGACUGUUUGCUCUCGGAGAAGCAGAGCUGUGUUUUUCAGUAAGUAACGUGUGUCUGUUGAACAGCAUGACUGAACAUGACCGACUGCAACGGGAAAAAUUGUAACAUCUUUGGUUCUUUUUAGUUUCUUUUCUUUUUUUUAAUACAACACAGUGUGAUGUAAGAACAUUUCUCAAGGCAGAAAUGUCGUCCAGAUCUUUUUUGUUCGGUGGUUUUCGUUUGUCGUCACUGCCCUAUUCUGUCCGUGUGCCACCCUCUACUGUACAUUGGCGGUAGAGCAAUCUUUCACUGCCAGAGAAGCAGUGGAGCAGAGCCUCUCAAAACAGGCUGAACAGACCUCCCGCGUCACCGUCUUUCAGUGAGAACUCACGUAACAGCAAUAAUCUCUGCCAGUUUCAAAGUAAGUAGCUACUGUAUAUGCAUUUCGUUUUCCUGAGGUUUUCCUUUUGGCGUUCAGGUGUUAAUCCUGCUUCACUGUGUCGUUGGGUUUUAUGUGGCACAUUUAACUGGAGUCUGAUUGGUCGGUGGGCACGACUAAAGCUACCCUAACGCUAAGGACGCCUCUGUUACGGUCAUUAGAUUUAAGUGCCAUGAAAGCAGUUUGUGAAGAGUCUCGUCAGUCCUCUUUGUUGGAACAUCCUGUCAAACCGGGUGACGUCAAACAUUACCUGUGUGUGUUAAGUGCAGAGUUUUUCCAACCUCGGCUUCAGGACCUCAUGUGGAGACCACCACUGGCCUCUGCACAGUUGUAAUAAUAUAAUAACAGAGAAUCAACAAUCAGUUUUUUGUAUUAUUGAAUGAUUUGCUGGUUGUUUCUUCAACCAAUCAUUUGGUCUGGCAUCAGUAAUUCCUAAGAGUCUUCUUAAGAGUUUUUGGUCCCAAAUCCAAACUCACUAUAUUCAGAUUUUAAGAAUAUCACUUUUCAGUAAACAAAUAAACCACUUAGAAUCACUGACUUUCUGUUAAUAGACUAUCUAUUAUGACUUUAAUACUUUAACUGAUUCAAUUAUGCCACCAUUUCUUGUCCAUCCCACCCUCUGUGUAGCUGUGAGAGACCAAAUAAAAGGUUGUGUUUUGAAACUCUGGCGUUAAGGUUGAAAAAGCCUGCUACCUUGACGACAAAUGCCUCAAAGAAAAAGCAUCCAAACCAUCUCGUCGUGACGCAGUUUCAGCUGUGUUAUGUGACUUAGCGAUGAGCUGUUGUGCCUUGGUACUUGAUCACUGUUAAAUGAAAACUGACUGAAGUAUUUGCAAUCCGUCAUAGUAGCAUUAACCUCUGAAAUAGACUCGUCUGCUCUCCGUCACUUGACCGAGAUUCAUUUACAGGCAAUAUAAUUAUUCCUUAGACAGUCCCUGACUGCUGAUGUGAUCGACUGAUCCUCUGUCUUCUUCUAAUUUGUGUUUUUACUACUCAUGGUGUGUUUUGUUUUGUUUUUUUAUUAUUUAAGAAAGCUUUAUUUUGUUUGAUGCACUUUAUUAUUAUGAUUCAGUAAUAGUAUAUUCUCCAGUGUAACUGCUGGUAAAAAGUCUGUUACACAGUCAUUACUGUUGACCAUACUUGAUGUAAGAGAGGGACUCUGGUCGACUGAAGCCGAUUCCAGCACUUUGAAACUAUAAAGUCGACCCAGUCGUCGAAACCAAAACCACCAGAUAAGACCAAUGCUGUUAUGUUAUGAAGUAGCACGAUCACUGUGUUUUGGAGGGCAGGGCUGCUCAGCUC